AUGGCCAUUGCAACUAGAAGUCAGUCAACUCAUAAUGUGUUUGCACUUAUAAUGGGUGGCGGAGUGGCUGGAAGCUCUGUGGCAUAUCAUCUCACUAAGAGAAAUAUUAAAGACGUUCUACUUCUCGAAAAAGAUGCUGUCGCGGCACCCAGUGGGACGUCCUUCCAUUCACCAGGACUCGUGUCAGCCAGUCAUCCAGCCCAUCGAUAUAAACCUAUACUCGCUUAUUCUGUGGAACUGUAUAGCAAACUUGAGGAAGAAACUGGCGAGGCUCUCAACUUCGAACGACUCGGCACCAUACGCCUCGCCACUAAUCCAACUCGACUUCAAGAAUUUAAGCGUUAUGUCGCUAGGGACUACUAUAAGGAGGGAGACGUAUGUAAAACCUCACUGCUUAGUCCUGAAGAGGUGGCCAAAAUCUCUCCUGUUGUCAACACUAAACAAAUUCUGGGUGCGUUAUACACAACAAACGAUGGCAUGAUUUCAGCUUCAGGACUCAACCGUGCUUUAGUGACAGGUGCCAAAGCUGGAGGUGUACAAGUCGUUACUUCCUCACCAAAAACCAUUCGAUAUGACAAGGAAAAGAGUGUUUGGCAUGUGGAACUGAGUGAUGGAUCGUUGGUCACUGCGCGAAAUCUUGUGAACGCUGGAGGUAUCUGGGCUAACGAUAUUGCUCGUCUCUCUGGUCAUGAGCUUCCAAUGGUCAUUGCUGAGCAUCAGUAUGCCACUCUUACGCCGAGCUCACCUCCCCCAAACACACCUGCCAUAAUAGAUCAUGACAGCACUUUCUAUGUUCGGAAAUAUGGUGACAAGUUUAUAUUCGGUGGUUUUGAACCCAUGGAUAAGGUUGUGUUCCGAGAAGACUGGUACCAAAAAGGAGUUCCAGCGGGCGAGUUGCUUUUCUACCUAUGUAUUUUGUUUUUGUUUUACAUCGAAUAUAUUAUAGAGGGCUCCCGUGCUAUUCAACCAGAUUUUUCGCGAUUGGAGGAGGCGCACAAUCGUGCGUGUGAGCUCAUUCCUUCAAUCAAAGAUGCUCAAGUAGAGGCCAAGGCAGCCCUUUUCAGUAUGACUCCGGAUGGAUAUCCAUUGGUUGGACCGUUCGAUAAGAACUACUGGGUCUCAACUGGUUUCCUGGACGGUGUCAGCAGUGGUGGUGGAAUUGGAAGAUAUAUAGCUGACUGGAUGGCAGAUGGUGAACCGCCACUGGAAUUGUUUGAUACUGAUGCAAGUAGAUAUGACAGAUGGGCAACGAGACGGUUUAUUGUGGAUAAAAGUCGUGAGACAUAUUCAAUGUUUUACAACUGGUCAUACACGAACAGACUGGGUGGACGACCAACUGAUCGUGUCAGUGGAGUCUAUGGAAGGCUAAAGAGGGACAAGGGUCAUUUCUCAUUCCGUAAUGGAUGGGAGGUACCACAGGUCUUCGAUAUAGAUGAGGAAGGAAUGCUAUCCACGUUGAGCCGAGAAUAUCAGAUGGUUACGAAUAAAUGUGGUGUUAUCGAUAUGUCAUGGAAAGGGAAGAUUGAAGUAAAGGGGCAGGAUUCUGAUGCGCUUAUGAACUAUGCGAUCUGUACACAGAUCCCUCCGCUCGGCAAGAUUGGUUCUGGCUUGAUGUUAACCCGACAAGGCCGUUUGUUCGCACCGCUGAAAAUAUUCCAUCAUGAUGAUUUCCGCUCUGCCUUUAUUAUGCUCACUGAGCCUGAGAGGGAAAGCAGAGAUAUUUACUGGUGA